AUGCAAUGCUCAAAUCAAAAUGGCAACGCGGUGGACACAUCCUCACAAGCACAACCCAUUCUUUCAAGUCAAAAAGAGCGUGUUCCAGGGGUGGUAGAUUUAAAGAAUUCUCUUGAAUCGAUAGCUCACAUGAGAAGUAAUGAAGAGAAAACCACUUACUGCUUUGAGAUGCUUGAGGCAUUAGAUGUCAACAAAGAUGAUAUAUUUGAAUAUAUGAAUACUGUCUUUAAAAUACUUAAAAGCAAUCCAGAUUGGUGGAAGGAUAAAUACACUGAAGAGACUCUCGACAAUCAACUUCUAUACUUUCGCCUAGGGAUAGAGCAAAAUAUACCUCGGAAUCGCAAGCGCCGCAUAGAAAGAAUUAAUUAUAUAAAAGCUAGAUGGUCGAAAUAUGAGGAAGUGUGCUCUUGGGUGGAGGAUUCAUCACAGACGAGCAAUUUUCUUUUUCAUCUGGCAAGAGUAGCAAAGAAGUUUCCACAUUACCCGGAUGCUCUACAUAGAUUAAAUAAUGCUUUAAUUCAACGCCUUUUGACAUCCAAAAAGGGAUCAAGGAAUGGAAAGCGAUUGCAAGGAUCAGAUUGUGAGAGGGCGAUAAACAUUGAAGAGGCCCGGAGACACCCUAAAUCAAUCUAUGAAAAUCUACAAUUGAGUAGGAAUCUAUCAACAGGAUUAUAUGGCGAUAUGAUUGAAGCACACUAUCAAGAUAAUUCAAUGAAUAUCUCCGCCAAGAUUCUUGAUGGAACAACUCUGUGGGAGGAAAAUGGUUUAUAUUCACAACCAGAUACACCACAUAUUGAAGGUGCAUCAGAGCUAUUCUGUGUUCAAGGGAUGAACGGGACUGAGUCUAUCAGCAUUGACACCAGACUCAAUGACUCUUCUCGAAAAUUAUCAAGAUACAUUAGAUUUGACGCGGAAGCGAAUGAGCUUUCGCCUUCUAUUGAUAGUGACUCGGAUGAGUCUAUGAUAUCAAACUUUUCCGAUACAGCUCAUCAGCUCCUUUCCUGUCAAUGCACAGUAUCUUUUCGUCAAAAGAUUGAUACAUUAUACCGGACGCAUAAAUGGCGCCGUAUGCCAUUAAAUGUUCUCAACGAUGUUAUGACUAUGCUCAAUGUUACCGUCAGAAACCUGGCGCGAAUUUGUUCAAGGCACCAACGGAAAAUAGCUGUUCUGUCUGGUCUCAAAGUCAAAUACUGCAAACAGGCUGAGUUAAAUGAUAGGAUGAAAGCUUUAAAUACGGCACGUCUCAAUGGUGAAGAUGCUGUGAGGGCACUUAAGAUCGGCGAAGCGAGUGGUUGGUUCUCAGAUUUACAUAGAGUACAACAAGAGUGUGAUGCAUUGGGACAUUACAAAUUUGCUAAGCAAGCAAGUUGGCCACCGAGGACCAUUCAAGAGCGACUUUUUGACGAGGAUUUUCUAAAAAGAACGCUUCUAUUUUUAUUGUCGUCAGAUGUUACAAGAGAGGUCAGCUGGGAUUCUGAGGCUGCUAUUCGCACCUGGGACGAGAAGGGAUCUGUGAAUAUCCCAAUUUUCAAAUGGUGGUGGAUGGUAAAUGAUGGAGAAGUAGCUCGCAUUGUAGAUGAAGAUCUGGAGAUGUAUAAACAUCACACUCGACAUGAUUUCCAUGGAAAUGAAAACGAAGGCUGGCUCCCAACAGCUUUUCAUUCUAUCGCACAACAGCUAGUAUCACAAGAUCCCGUAAAUUACGCCACUUACACAGCCUUAAGACCAGAUCAUUGGGCGAGCUUAUUGUCAUAUCCUAGUUAUGCAAAGUACUCCGAGUUUGAUAAAGAUCACCCUACAACAGGUAGCUUUGAACACAUUGAUCAAAAUGUGAACAAGCUUUUGAAAGGGGAAUUUAACAUAAAUGCUCAAGUCCAAGGCUCUGUUAGUCUCGAUGACGAAGCUCCUAAAAACAGUACUAAGAUCGUCCCUGGCUUUCACAAACCCGGGGUUCUCGCAAACUGGUGGGCAGGAAUACCUGAAGAGCACAAAAAAAGCGGUGCUUAUAUCGACCCUGCGACUGAACUGGGAAACAGUACCCUGUCUCCACGGCGAAGCGCGUUUCACUAUGCCCCAAAUCUUCACGGUGCUCAACCCCGCUAUCCUGAUAUGCCUAAACGCCGCACCAUUCUCCCCUGGAUGUCUCGCGUUGCGGAAGACCAUAUUACGCUUCCGAAUACGGAUAAUGGAGCGGGGACAGUACAAGAUGUUACGUUGGCGCGAGUAGCGUGUAUGCCACCUAAAGCGACACAGAGCGGGAAACCGAUUUUUAAUUCACGUAUCCCGUAUAGAUUUCUGGGGUGUGUGAGAUUGGAUUCGUUGGGGGCAUUGUCGGAUGCGCUGCUGGGCUUGAGAAGGUGGGAUGCGCCAGAGGUGGUGGAGGAGCAGGAGAUUCUUUUUGGGGAGGACAGAGCGAGAGCGAGGGAGUUUAUUGAGGAGUGGAGGGAGAAUGCUACGAGGGCUGCGAAGAAGGCAUUUGAGAUUGGGAAGAGGACGGAAAUGAGAAUUUUUGGAUCGGAUUCGUAUUGGAAUGAUAAGUAG